AUGAAACAAGCGCGAGAGCCGGUCGACGCACAGAACUCGCAGCUCGCUCAGGCGCUGCAGGAGACGCUGCGGCUGGUCGGAGGCGAGAAGGAAGAAGCAGCGAAGAGAGGGCUGCUCAAUGCGGCAGUGGACCGCUUGAUAGCUCGGGUUUAG